UCUUCCGGUCCUGGCCGCCCCGGCCGCGCUCGCCCCUGCCGGUGGAUGCUGCGCCUCUCGGAGCGCAACAUGAAGGUGCUGUUUGCCGCCGCCCUCAUCGUAGCCUCCGUUUUCUUCCUGCUGCUGCCAGGCCCCUCGGUGGCUGAUGAGAAGAAGAAGGGGCCCAAAGUCACCGUCAAGGUGUACUUUGAUCUGCGAAUUGGAGAUGAAGAUGUAGGCCGGGUGGUCUUUGGUCUCUUUGGAAAGACUGUUCCGAAGACGGUGGAUAAUUUUGUGGCGUUAGCUACAGGGGAGAAAGGAUUUGGCUACAAAAACAGCAAAUUCCAUCGUGUGAUCAAGGACUUCAUGAUCCAGGGUGGCGACUUCACCAGGGGAGAUGGCACAGGAGGGAAGAGCAUCUAUGGGGAGCGCUUCCCUGAUGAGAACUUCAAGCUGAAGCACUACGGGCCCGGCUGGGUGAGCAUGGCCAACGCCGGCAAAGACACCAACGGCUCCCAGUUCUUCAUCACCACAGUCAAGACAGCCUGGCUGGACGGCAAGCACGUCGUGUUUGGCAAAGUUCUGGAGGGCAUGGAGGUGGUGCGGAAGGUGGAGAGCACCAAGACGGACAGCCGGGACAAGCCCCUGAAGGAUGUGGUCAUCGCCGACUGCGGCAAGAUCGAGGUGGAGAAACCCUUUGCCAUCGCCAAGGAGUAGGGCCGCGGGGACCUCUUCCCGCUGAGCGAGUGUCUGCACGGGCCUGUUGUCCUCGGGGUGACGACUGCCCGCCACGGGGCUCCGAGCUGCACUGGCCCUUGCUGGCAUCGGACGGAGCGGCCCCACUCCCCUCACAUUCCUCAGGCCCACCGGCCCCGUUUUGUAACAAACGCCUACCAACACUGACCAAUAAACAAGGGGGGGGUUUU